UGCUCCUCCUCCUCAUCACAGUUGCGAUAUUCAGUCGGAAGAACAGGUGCGUGCGGAGAAGUACGCGGCGCGGGGCCGUUACAGCGUCUCAACGCAUGCGACAGCUCACGGCGACUGCGUCGCGUUCGCCGGUCUACUGCGGCUCGAACGGGGACAAAUAAAACCGAGGAGUGCGAGCAGGACGGCACCAUGACACGGACGGUAUCGCACCGGACUGCGGAGCGCUCUGCGUCGACACGGACCGUGACCGCUCGAGUGUCGCGCUGAGACGCUGGGCGUUCUGCGGGAGGCUGCUCGAUUCAGUCACCGGUCGUACCCGUAGCCUGCACCCGGGCGGGGGCCAUGUCGUCCGCGUUCAACACGUUGCCGAAGAGAGCGAGGCAGGAACAGGUCACCGGUUCACGGCGUCCAGGAUGUUAGGAUGAGGCCUCUCAGUCAAUCCUGCUCGAGACUUCAAACAGCUCAUCAGCAGACGGAGCGAUCCUGAGCGCUCACUGAGACCCUCCCCGCUUGGCUGCCUGGCCGACGUCCCGGGAGGUGAUGCGGCGGUUCGUCUACUGCAAGGUGGUGUUGACCACCUCUCUCGUGUGGGUGCUGGUGGAUGUGUUCCUGCUGCUCUACUUCAGCGAGUGUAACAAGUGUGAUGACAGGAAAGACCGGUCGCUGCUCCCUGCCCUCCGAGCUGUGAUAUCUCGGAGCCAUGAGGGUCCAGGCGAGAUGGGCAAGGCGGUGAACAUCCCCAAGGACGAGCAGGAGAAGAUGAAGGAGCUCUUCAAGAUUAACCAGUUCAAUCUGAUGGCCAGUGACAUGAUUGCACGCAACAGGAGUCUGCCAGAUGUGAGGCUGGAUGGCUGCAAGACCAAGGUGUACCAAGACGACCUGCCCAACACCAGCAUUGUCAUCGUGUUUCACAAUGAGGCGUGGAGCACCCUGCUGCGGACUGUUCACAGUGUCAUCAACCGCUCUCCCAGACACUUGCUCGUGGAGGUCGUGCUCGUCGACGAUGCCAGCGAGCGAGGUUGGGAGACUGUGGCUAAUGAGCACCUCACGAAAUACUUCCUGAAAAAGAAGCUGGAGAACUAUGUGCGAACUCUGGAGGUGCCCGUGAGGAUCCUGAGGAUGGAGCAGCGUUCGGGUCUAAUCAGAGCCAGGUUGAGGGGUGCGGCUGCCACCAAAGGUCAGGUCAUCACCUUCCUGGACGCUCACUGCGAGUGUACCGUGGGCUGGCUGGAGCCCCUGCUGGCCCGUAUCAAAGAAGACAGGACAGCAGUGGUGUGCCCAAUCAUCGAUGUCAUCAGCGAUGAGACGUUUGAAUACAUGGCCGGCUCAGAUAUGACCUAUGGUGGAUUCAACUGGAAGUUGAAUUUCCGCUGGUACCCUGUUCCCCAGCGGGAGAUGGAUCGACGCAAAGGGGACAGAACACUUCCUGUCAGGACUCCCACCAUGGCAGGCGGUUUGUUCUCUAUAGACAAAACAUACUUUGAAGAAAUAGGCAGUUAUGAUCCAGGGAUGGAUAUCUGGGGUGGAGAGAACCUGGAAAUGUCUUUCAGAGUCUGGCAGUGCGGCGGCUCUUUGGAAAUUGUUACAUGUUCCCACGUGGGCCAUGUUUUCCGGAAGGCCACCCCGUACAGCUUCCCCGGAGGAACGGGCCAAGUCAUCAACAAGAACAACAGGCGCCUGGCCGAAGUCUGGAUGGAUGAUUUCAAAGACUUCUUCUAUAUCAUAUCACCAGGAGUGAUGCGGGUAGACUAUGGAGAUGUUUCUUCCCGUAAGGCCCUCCGCGAGGCCUUGAAGUGCAAACCGUUUUCCUGGUAUCUGGAGAACAUCUACCCCGACUCCCAGAUCCCAAGAAGAUACUACUCACUUGGUGAAAUCAGAAAUGUUGAGACCAACCAGUGUGUGGACAACAUGGGAAGAAAGGAGAAUGAGAAAGUUGGCUUUUUCAACUGUCACGGUAUGGGAGGAAACCAGGUGUUCUCAUACACGGCGGAUAAAGAAAUUAGGACGGACGACCUCUGUCUGGACGUCUCCCGCCUCAACGGGCCUGUCGUCAUGCUCAAGUGUCACCACAUGAAGGGAAAUCAGAUGUUCGAGUACGAUGCUGAGCGACUCACCCUGCUGCAUGCGAACAGCAACCAGUGUUUGGACAUGCCGUCUGAGGAGGACAAGAUGGUCCCCACCCUGAGGGACUGCAACGGCAGCCGCUCUCAGCAGUGGCUGCUGCGCAACAUGACCCUAAACGUCUGAUCCCUCACCUCUCCGACCCAACCAUUCUAUUCUCAUCCUAACCAGUCCUGGCUCUCCACACACACUCACCAGGUGGCUCUUAACCACACACAUCAUAUGCCUCUUCCUGCUGUAGCCUGGCCAGUCGAUACGAAAACAUCCCGGCAGCAGCAGUUUAUCUUCCAUCGUGUCUCCUCUUACAGUUUGCCACAGGUUUGAGAGCGGCUGCACCUAAUACUGAGGCGAUGGUACAUGAUGAGCCGUAGCUUUUGGGACCACGUCAAGUCCGAAUUGGGGGAAGGAUGUGUGAGCUCUGUGCAUGGAGAACACUGGUAUCAUUCACACUGUGGAUGCACAGCUGUUAGAUGUGCAUCCACUGUGCUGCGCAGACUGCUUAUUAGCUGCCGGACAAACAAAUGACCAGGAGAGCAUCUAUAACGAGAACGCUGCCAGGCACGUCCCUGGGAUGCUGUGCACGGUGUUCAGCGUACAUGCAGUGCAUUGGUGUUUACUGUAGGUACAAGCAUAGAAUAAGACUGUUGUUACUGUAUAGAUGCUGCUCAUUCUCUUUCCAUAUCAGGGUCUGAGUUACACUGAAAUAAUGGGAAAGGGAUGUUGUUAAUAGAGACUGACCAAUACUUUAUUUUUCUCAUCACUGUUGACGUAAGGGAAUUACAGAUUAUAAUGAUACCGAAGCUGUGGUGCUUCUUUUUUCAUUUUUUCCCCCAAAAAGAUGAACAUAUUCCUUGAAAUGGAGUCUUAGCUUCAAGCCACUGGGUGGGUGUUUCCCACAGCAGUGGUUGACUGACAUUUUGGUUCGGCGUUGCUAGGAGACCCGCUAGGAGACACAAUCUCAUGGUAGUGCGACUUAAUAGAGAGCUACUACCUUUUACUGUAGCAUUAGAUAGCAACUGCUAGCAUUUCACCAUGUCUAUCUCUGUACAUCAUUUUUGGGAGGACCCACUGUUGAAUGUGGAACGGGAAGUUCAUAUUGCACUGGAAAGGUAAAGGUGGCAAGCUAGCCCAACUAGCUUUCAGACGGAAAGCUGCCAAUGUUUACACUGAUUCCCACAAGAUUUCAACACUCGGCGAGUCAGUGCUGUGUUGGUCCCAUGUUAUUUAAAGGAGGAGGUCUCGCUGCGUCAUCUGUCUUUCUUUCAUGGGUCUAGUUGUGGUAACAGCACAGUAUCAACAUGAAAAUUAAUUGCAACUUGGACUCAAAGUACACAGUAAUUAAUCAUUCAAAUUUCCAGUUCAAGUACUGUUGUUGUCACCUCAUGUCCCCUGGAUAAGAUUAAUUUAAGGGCUGUCACAGCAGAAAAAAAAAGACAAUUUAAUAUUUUUGGUUAUUAUGAUUCUGACAAGUGCAGAAGUCAAACAAAAAACAGUUGUACUGUAUUUUCUGAUUUCUUAGCAAAAGUAACAUUUAACACAAACACAUCGGUCGGGCUCUAGUUGUUGUGUUGGUUUUCUUACAAUGCAUGAGUGCAGCUUAACAUCGUCCCCCUAAGAAGAGUAAUAACAUAAUGUUACAUUUGAAGUGAAAUGGGAAUUACAGUAUGUACUGUAUGGUACAGAUGAGAAUAUGAGGCAGCUUUCUGGAUUGACAGACAACAUAUAGGACUCAUGUUUAGUUGUAACUGGCUGUUGGAGGAAAUUAAAGAAGUGGCUGGAGGAAAGGAAGUAGCAAGUAAUCAACACCGCUCUGAGUAUGUGAUUGAUUUUAAAUGACUAAGAGUUUUAGUACUAUUAACACCUUAAUCAGCUUCUACAAGAUUAUUAACUCUUGUACUCAGACAUUGCUCCCUUGUGAGAGCGAUAUCAUGACGUCUUGGAGCCGAAUAAUUACGUGUGCCUUUAGAAAGUUGUAUUUAAUUAUUUUUUUGUUUUUAGAAGAUUGAAAUAUUUCGUUGAUGAUAAAAUGAAGAAUGUUUCGUUUAAGAUAAAUAACUACAGCAUAUUGAUGUCAUAUCUCAUGAAUUUCUCACUUUGGUAUUAAUACUUGAUCAAACAUCUAGUUAUCCAUAGUAUGGCAGGUCAGUAUUGAGUAUAUAGAUAUUUACCCAUCGCCCAAGCAAAUGUGACAGGUACACUGCAUUACUGUCUGGGAUCAGGCAACAAAUGUUACUGUACAUAAUUAUGUUAACAUGUUUCUAUCACCAUUCUUGUUGUUGUUGUACAUACAGAACCAAUUAUUUUUCUAAGAUGCUGUGAAACUUGAACACUCAAAGAAAAAGGCAUUGAACGCAAAAAAGAUCACAAGGUAUUGCAAUGUUUCAUUCGGAAUUGAGGUCAUAAAAACCAGUGCUUACCUUGGGUUUUGAAACUGCAGUGUGUUUUGGAAAUCAUCAUUGGUCCCAUGAAACCCAUUCUCACACUACCUUAAGGACCUUAGGCGAGCUCACAUGAGGGAGCAACCAAUGGUGAAAUACUAUCAAUGCUGCUUGAAUACUGAAUCCUUGCCAAGUGCCUGCUUGGCAUUCAGACUAAAAUUCAAUCACCUGUUUUGCAUUACGUGCACAUAUUUGUUGUUUUUCAUUAUCUUAAAGUGCAUGGUGUUAAAAAAAGGAAUGUAAUGUUUCAAUGUUCUGGUCGCAAAGUGAUAGUGUUAUCUGUUUGUACAUUUUGCCUUUUUGUAGAAAAUGAAAAUAAAACUUAUACUGAA